AUGCCCCACCCCCCAUCAAGCUCUGAAUUUGAAGCCGCUUGCUCAUUUCUGGAUGGGUACUUGGCGUCUCGAACCUUCUUGGUUGGCCAUAGCCUGUCAGUUGCUGACAUUGUGGUAUGGUCGAAUAUUGCAGGAACUGGUCAACGAUGGGAGAGUCUAAGAAGGUCUACAAAAUAUCAAAACCUUACUCUCUGGUUCAACUGCAUAGCUGUGGACUAUGCGGAGAGGAAUUGGGAAAUCACCUGCACCAAGCCUGAAAGAAAAAUUCAUGAUCCAACUGAGAACACCCCAGGUCCUGAGAUAGAUCUGCCAGGUGCAAAAAUUGGGGAGGUUUGCCUUCGUUUUGCCCCAGAGCCUAGCGGGUAUCUUCACAUUGGUCAUGCGAAGGCUGGGCUGUUGAAUGAGUACUUUGCAGAUAGAUAUAAAGGUCGUCUAAUAGUUCGCAUUGAUGACACCAAUCCUUCAAAAGAAAGCAAUGAAUUUGUGGAGAACGUCCUGAGAGAUAUUGAUACAAUGGGAAUCAAAUACGAUACAGUCACAUACACAUCAGAUUAUUUUCCAAAGCUAAUGGAAAUGGCUGAAAGUUUGAUUAUGCAGGGUAAGGCAUAUGUUGAUGACACACCAAGGACGCAAAUGGAAGUCGAGAGGAGGGCCGGUGUUGAAUCAACAUGUAGAAACAAUACUGUUGAAGAAAAUCUAUCAUUGUGGAGAGAGAUGGUUAACGGAACUGAGAGUGGUAUGCAGUGUUGCUUACGGGGUAAGCUUGACAUACAGGACCCUAACAAGUCGCUCCACGAUCCGGUUUACUACCGUUGCAACACUGACCCUCAUCAUCGUGUUGGUUCAACAUACAAGGCCUACCCAACAUAUGAUUUUGCUUGCCCAUUUGUUGAUGCGUUGCAGGGAGUGACUCAUGCUCUUCGUUCAAGUGAAUACCAUGAUCGGAACGCACAGUACUAUAGUAUACUUCAAGAUAUGGGUCUGCAGAGGGUGGAAAUAUUUGAGUUUAGCAGGUUGAAUAUGGUUUACACCCUUCUAAGCAAACGUAAGUUUCUCUGGUUUGUACAGAACAAGAAGGUGGAUGGCUGGACUGAUCCACGCUUCCCUACUAUUCAAGGCAUGGUACGUCGUGGCUUGAAGAUUGAAGCAUUGACACAAUUUAUACUCGAGCAGUUGGAAGAAAAGGAUGACUUCGUUAACCAUCUUAAUCCUUGCACCACUUCGGCUCUUGGAGACCCGGACAUGCGGAAUCUCAAAAAGGGAGAGAUCAUACAGCUUGAAAGGAAAGGGUACUACAGAUGUGAUGUUCCAUUUACUGGGCCGUCCAAACCCAUUGUUCUUUUCGCCAUACCAGAUGGCCGAUAA